AUGUGGCCACGGACGGCAUCGCUCUCCCGAGCGACUUGUCGCAAUCCUCGUCUCCCUCCGAGAGCGCCAUGCGGAGCUCGUAGCAUUGGUGGUGCCGCGCAGACAAAUCCGCUCCGAUCCCAAACUCGUCCGUCACCUCUAUCCUCACACCAAUUCGCCCUGACACAACAAAGGAGAUGGAUCACACAGAAAUACCUUCAGCGUAUGCAGGAAGGAAGGGAGGAAUGGGCUCGACAUGCUGAAGAGAUCAAGGCAGGGAAGCGGAAGGACUUCGCGGCCCACCUUGAGGAGCGUGGUUUGAUUCAUGAUGUUGUCGGAGAGCGCGACCUACUACAUAAAGUGUUCACCGAAAAGAGAGCUGGUAUCUACGUCGGAAUCGACCCCACGGCACCUUCGAUGCACAUCGGACAUAUGCUACCUUUCAUGGUUUUGGCUUGGGGAUAUGUCUGGGGACUACCGGUGACUUUCUUGCUGGGUGGUGCCACAUCUCGAGUGGGUGACCCAACAGGGCGGCUGAAGGGACGUGAGCAAGUCCAUUCCUCGAUCCGCAAAGCCAAUAUGGCCAGCAUGCACAUGCAGUUGAAGAAACUGGGGUCAAGCAUUGAGCAGUACGGCCGACGACACGGCUAUGAGAGGAAACCUAUUUGGAAGCGCGCGCUGCUCAACAAUAAUACUUGGUGGAACUCGAUGCCUUUCAUUCAGGUUCUACGAGAUUUAGGAGCGUACAUGAGACUUGGACCCAUGCUGGGGCGGGACACUGUCAAGAAUCGACUGAGCCAGGGUGACGGCAUGUCCUUCGCUGAAUUCUCCUAUCCUCUUCUCCAGGCAUGGGAUUGGUGGACCAUGUUCCAAAAGGGAACCCAGGUGCAAGUUGGAGGAUCCGACCAAUAUGGCAAUAUCUUGUUUGGAAUGGAGGCCGUGAAGGCGAUCAGCCGCAACACUGCUGACGAACAGCUCCGCAACCCUUUGGAUUCUGAGCUGGACCGGCCUAUUGGAUUUACUACACCCCUUUUGACUGCGCCAUCUGGAGAGAAAUUUGGAAAGUCUGCGGGUAAUGCUAUCUGGCUCGACAAGGACAUGACUUCCACUUUUGAGCUUUACCAGUUUUUUGUUCGCACUCCCGAUGACACCGUGGAGAAAUACCUCAAGCUGUUUACAUUUAUCCCUCUGCCUGAAAUUGCCUCCAUUUUGGAAGAGCAGAAUCAGGACCCUUCCAAGCGCGUGGCUCAGCACAAACUAGCCUAUGAAUUUGUCGAGCUGGUUCACGGCAAAGAGGAAGCCGAUGCCGUCUCGCUUCAGCACCGCCAACUGUUCCGACCCCGGUCCUCAACCGGCGAGCCCUCUCCCAUGCCUCGGACCACAAGCCCCCCAGCCAGCCACGCCCAAUCUUCUACCUCUGGGUUUGUGACCCCCCAGUCUGGAAACCAGUACGCAUCUCAGACCAACUUCGCCAACAUGCCCAAUGCCCGUGUCACCCUUCCCAAAUCCUUGGUUUACAACCAAUCCUUUAAUAAGAUCCUUUGGUCUGCUGGCCUAGUCGCCUCCAAGAGUGAGGGUCACCGUGUCAUUGUGAACAAUGGUGCCUACGUGGGCAGCCGUCCAGGUGACAGUGGCCCUAUGUCGGACGAUCUUGCGUUUACUCCUAUUCGCCCUUGGCCUGCCGAGAAGACCCAGGAGUACAUCAUUGGUGAUAACCUUCUGAUGCUCAAGCUUGGCAAGUGGAAGUUCAAGAUGAUUGAGAUCAUUAGCGACGAGGACUUCUGCGCCAAGGGGCUGACUGCACCUGGAUGGGAGGAGGCCUCGGAAUCGACUGAGUCGAAGCCGUGA